CAAGCUUUUCCUCCUUUGACCUCGAAGCUUUUUCUCCUCAUCCGCGAUUGGUUCGAGUCUGCAGGCAGUGACACUCGGAUGGCGGCGGAAGAAAUAUUGGCAAGCUGCAGCCCUGACUAAUUCGGAACGAUUGGGCCAUUUCACGUCAGGAACAGGCACCAGAUCAAGCCGUGCCCCGUCUGAGAUGCCAUUCUUCAUGCACUGCCCGGAUACCGUUGGUAGAGGAUGGAUAUCAUAUCAUUGUGGCGUACAAAGCGUUGGAGACCGUUGGAAUCUACAGUAACAGCGGCGCAGCAGACAGGAUAUAAAGUCAGGUAGGCACCCAGAUAGGUUCGAUUUUAUUCUGUUUGCCUCGUUCCUUGUCGUCGAAGUAUACGUCCCAAGCAGGUAUCAACAUGAGGUUCUCAGCAAUUACUACCCUCGCGCUUUGCGCAGCUGCAGCAUCAGCAUCAGCCGCAGACUCGUCCCUUAAUGUUGCCUCCGUCAUUUCCGCCUUCUACCCUACCUCCACCCCAAGCCUCAACGGCGCACAAUCAACUUCUUUGGCAUCUCUCCUCAACAGCGUCCAAUCCACAUGGGAAGACAGCGCCUCAUACACCUCUGCCAACGAGGCCAUCUACUCCGCCGCUCCCUCCAGCGUCCAGUCUUCCAUCGACAAGUCUGGCUACUACUACGGCCAGAUCACGAGCCAGGCCUGGUACACCAAGUCAGUCCCAGGUGCCAUACAGACAGCGGUCGCAAAGGAGAUCAGUGCUAUUGACAGUGCGGCGGAAAAGGUUUUAGGGACCGCCAGCUCCACCGGUGCUGCUGCUGCGAUGAGAACUGCUGCGCCCAUCAUGGGCGCAGUUGCUUUGGCUGGAGGGAUCUUCGCCGCUAUGUAAGCAGAGGAGUGUAUAUCGAACGAUGCCACGAGUACUUGAUAAUGUAAAUAAUUCUAUUUCAGCCCCGCCCCGCCCCGCCCCUUCUCUGGGCGGACCGAACAAGC